CUGUUCCCUAAUCCGGGUCCUUCCCUGGAUUCCCACUCCCAGGGCACCCCGGUGUCAGGACCGCUGGUCCUCCCGGCCCGGUGGAUGCCCGCCCUGUCAGGAGGGGCUCCCUGGGGUCUGCGCCAUCCCUGUCCCUGGUGGUGCCUUUGGGCUUGGGGCUCCUUGCGCAGAGCAUCCCUGUCUCUGGGUGGUUUGGGUGUCCGUCUGUCCCCCCUCCCCCCCAGGUCAGGGCGUCCCUCCCAGACAUCACCUUCCUCACGCCUGGGGUGGCUUUAGGCUUCCCCACCACAAGACGCUUCUCUUUGCCAGAGCGUGGCUGUCCCCUCACACCCACCCGUCUGCCUGUGUCCUCUUCCCCAACACCCUCCCUUCUCUUUCCCAGGACUUGAGGCGGGAGUGGGGAGGGUGAUGCCAUUUUGGUUUGCUUCCCCUCGUGUGGGGUGCCAUUGCCCUGGCACACCCCCUCUCUGGCACCAGAGGCCCUGAGGACAUUCCUCUGACACCCACAGCGCUGUCCUCUGUCACAACCCCUGGCUUUCUCGCUCAGGGCAGUCCCUAUGGUCCCAUAAUGGUGAGGGGACUCCCACGUGUGACGACCCAGAGGUCCCACGUGCACAGAGACAAUCCUGUUCCUUGUGGCUGUAUGAGAAUUACACGGCUCUUGUCCCUCCCAAAAUAUAAAAGGGUCUUUUUGGCCUCAUCUGUCCAACAUUGUCUCCCUCUGACUUUAGGCCUCAGCUACCAGAGCUCAGGCCACGUAUGUCCCCUGGAUUCUUGGCCUCGGUUUCCCUGGGUUGGCACGAGUCUUAGGAGGGAGCUGGGAGAGGGUCCCUUGGAAACGUCAGUGAAGGCUCAGCUCUUUGAUCCACCUCCUUUGGAGGUUCCUGAGACCAUCUUUAUAUUUUUCUCUUGAAACUACUCCCUUGUCUGUGAUGGCAGGCACAAAUCUUGUGCUGGAAUUGAUUUGCCACUGCUCUCUGGAUGCUGUUCUGGGAGUAUAUUCGGGUGGUCAAAGAAUUCAGAAACCUCAUCCCUUCCUAAAAUAAUAUGCUUUCAGGGCUCAGGCACCUAUUUCUCCAGUGGAUUAAUGGAUGUUUCCUAGCGAGUGAAAGGGUUUAACUUUUGCAGAAACAAAUAACACAUGCAAAAAAUUAGAAUUGUAUUUCUAGCUUGCCUGAUGAUGGAGUGAAAGCUCCCAAAUGUAGUUCAACACAGCGCUGUCUUUCUGAGUCAAAGGAUGUUCCAAGUCUUGCUGCUCAGAGCCUUGCCCAGGAAGCAGGAUAAUGAAUUUAAUCAGGCUUUGAUCAGUGGUGCUAUUAGGAGCCCUGAAGAAAUGGAAAUUGGUGGGAUUCUUCUGAGUUUCAUUUGUGGCCUCUUGGGGACAUUAGCCUUUUUCUUGUAGCUCUCUGGGUACCAGGAAUCUGGCAACUUUUUUAGGCACUGGAUCAGGACAAUGGGACUUCUGGAGCGCUUGGCUGUGAAAUAUUUAGGCAAAGGGAAGAAGGCAAGUUGACAGUUCUGUAUGAACACUAAGCUAGUAAUGAGAUUAUAUUGGAUGGAUGUUAUGAAGAAAUUGUUGCCAGAAAGGAGGACGGUAUCCUGAGGGGCUGGGAAGGGGGUUAGAAAAUUUCAACUGUGACCUCCUCACCCUUAGACAGACAUCCAGGAUUUCUCAACAAAUUCUUGCUAAUUCAUUUUCCUCCACCUUUCUGCCACCGAUCUCGGUCUGCAUGUGGGUGAGCCUUGUGAGUGCCCAGGAGGGUUGGUGGCUGGUGUGGCCGCGCUGCAGAGCAGGCUGUGAGCUGAGGUGGCUUUGUUUACUCAACACACGAGCAGCUGCUCAUCCUGGUCUGCAUUUGGGAGAUGAUGUUGGUGCCCUGCUUAUAUGGGAAGUGGAAUUGCUUAUGUGCUUCCAGCAGAUGGGUCUGGACAGCUUGGAAAUAUUUUCAGGGGUAUCUUUGGACUUUGUUAGAAAUCUUUUGGGGGGUUUGUUUAAUGUUUGGUUUCUGAACCAAAGGAGGUUUUACAAGGAGGGAUGAAUCCCCUGUCUAUGCCUUGGGAUCCCUGCAGUAGGAGAGGGAGAAAACUGCUAUCAGCACAAACCACGAGGCUGCGCCAGGAAGAUUCUGUCAAAAAUACUUGCAUUAGAGAUGAACUUUUUCAUGGACAAAUCAAACAAACAACCAUUUUAUGCAAUCCACCAUUUCUGUUGACUGAAGAAAUUCCCUUGGGUCCAUUAACCGAGUCUGGCAAUAGUUCGGCCCUGCCUUGUGUUUAAACAAGCUUGUUAGCAGCUGGUGUGAAUACAGGCAGUGAUGGGUCUGGAGAGGAUCAGGAGCAAUGAUGUUAGCGCACCAAGAACAGGAACUGGUUUCUGGAACACCAGUUCUAAGCAUUUCUGUUUAAAUAGCGAGCUGGGUCUUGGCUGUGCUGGUGGUCUCCAGCCAGCGUUUAACCCGAGCGAAUCGGGAUCGGGGUGGGGCUGUGACUGGUGUAAGCAGGGCCAAACGUGGGUGGUAUUAGUCCAACAGCCAAAUUUUGAACUAGAAAACCGUGGAGGGGAGAACUCGUGCAGAUAGGAGAGGAAAGCGGAGUCACGGAGGCUCCCCCUUGAUUUCUGAGUUUUCUGUAAGGCAAUGUAAAAUUCAGCAAACGUGGAGAUGGUUCCUGGGGAAGCUUUGCUUGCGACCGCUGUUGUCAUGGCGUUGGAAGAGGAGAUACAGCUCCUCCAUGUUGGUUAUGUGCAUGUUGCUCCGUGCGUGCUCUCCGUACUCUGGCCGGAGUUCACCGUGCAUGGGAGCUCGCCAGCGGCGGAGGGAAAGUUGUGAUGGUUCUGGAAGGGAGAAGCCAUCUCGCACUGAACAGCAAGAUGAACACGGCAGUGUUGUGUGAUGCUCUGGAAACCAUAGAAACAGUUGUAAGGUGCUGAUUAUACAAGGCACUGGGAUCCCAGUGAGUUCGGGGGUUGUUGGAGAGGUGACUUCUGUUUCUCUUCAUUAAAUGAACAAUCGAGUCCAUACGGGCCAUGAUGAUGCUUCUCUAGGUGGCAGUUCAUCGACGGGAGGCGAUCCCUGGAGCUCUGUGGGUGUUGGCAGGGGCAGGGUGUAGGCAUAAACAAAUCCCUUUUUUUUUUUUUUGAAAUGGGUAGAUCUCUUCUGUUGGCUGUGUGGAUCUUGCCCAAGGCAGCCUCCUGUGCUCCAGAGGCUCACUGGCUGAAGCACCAGCCGAUCUCCUAGGACCUUUAGGAGUGGUGCCAGCCAGUACAGAACACAGCUAUUUAGUAUUCAAGUGAAAUAGCAAAAUUGGGAUUUGCAGCACGCUUCUCCCUUCUCUGCAGCGUUGUUUUUGGUGUUGCCAUGUUAAUUCUAGCCAGAGCAGCAUCUGCCACAUAUCAAAUGUUGAAGUCCUAUAAAUUGGUACUGGCACAGGGUAAACAGCAUCUAUUUGUCCUUUCCAAUGCUUGCUGUCUGCUGUGGCUCUAAUUGACCUCUGGAGAGUGCAGCAUAUGGCGAUGGCCGUGAUAACCCGUGUUAAUGAUCGAGGCCGGUGGCUCUGAACCUUCUUAUCCCAGGACCUCCUGUUAAAACAGAGAUUCCAGGAGCCCAUUUCCUUCCUGGGGUACGGAGAGAAAAGAAGAUUUUCCUGGGUAGUUCAGCAAGGAAAAUGGGGCUCAGUUGCGUGCUCUGCCACUGACUUGUGUGGCCGUGGGUAGGUCGUUUAACCUUUCCAUUCCUCAGCUCGUUUGAACCAAGGGAAGCAAUAGCUCUGCCUGCCUGCAAGUGGACUGGGAGGACGGAUGUUUUCCGGUGGUCCUGAGGCCGUGCUGACGCGAUGGGUGACAGGCUGCCCUGCGCUGGCGGGGCAGCAGGGUAGCACUGCCUGAUUCCUCUGCCUGUGACACAGUGUUGUGCUGCAGCUCCGUCAGGACGUGAGAGUGCUUUCCAGCAGGCUCCAAAGUACUUUGUUCAAGAAGAGAUCAACGAACUCAGCAAUGUUCCCGUCCCUGUCAUGUUAAUGCCCGAUGACUUUAAAGCCUACAGUAAGAUUAAGGUGGACAAUCAUCUAUUCAACAAGGAAAAUUUGCCAAGUCGCUUUAAGUUUAAGGAGUAUUGUCCACUGGUGUUCCGAAACCUCCGAGAAAGAUUUGGGAUUGACGAUCAAGACUACCAGGCGCCGGCCAUCCCCAGGAGGAAUAGUAAAUGCUGGCUGCUGCCUCGUGGCUGCCUGUCGCGGCUCUGGUCUGGGUGACUGCCCAUCUGCUGACGGAGAUAGAGCUGAGCCCGGCGUUAGGAGGCAGAACUCGGUGACACGAAGCGCCCCAGUGAACAGUGACAGCCAGGGCCGAUGUGGGGCCCGGUUCCUCACCACCUACGACAGGAGGUUUGUCAUUAAGGCAGUGUCAAGCGAGGAUGUAGCAGAGAUGCACAACAUCUUAAAGAAGUACCAUCAGUUCAUAGUGGAGUGUCAUGGGAACACCCUCCUGCCCCAGUUCCUUGGCAUGUACCGGCUCACCGUGGACGGAGUAGAAACCUACAUGGUGGUUACCAGAAACGUAUUUAGUCACAGGCUGACUGUGCACCGGAAAUAUGACCUGAAGGGCUCAACAGUAUCCAGGGAAGCAAGCGAUAAAGAGAAGGCCAAGGAUCUACCAACGUUCAAGGACAACGACUUCUUGAAUGAGGGUCAGAAGCUGCAUGUUGGAGAAGAGAGUAAAAAGAACUUCCUUGAAAAGCUGAAGCGGGACGUGGAGUUUUUAGCUCAGCUGAAGAUUAUGGACUACAGCUUGCUGGUUGGGAUCCACGAUGUUGACCGAGCAGAGCAGGAAGAGAUGGAAGUGGAGGAUCGAGCAGAGGAUGAGGAGUGUGAGAACGAUGGUCUUGGAGGCAACCCCAUUUCCUCCUAUGGCACACCCCCUGACAGCCCUGGCAACCUCCUCAACUACCCUCGCUUCUUUGGGCCUGGAGAGUUCGAUCCCUCUGUCGACGUCUACGCCAUGAAAAGCCACGAAAGUGCCCCCAAGAAGGAAGUGUACUUCAUGGCCAUUAUAGACAUUCUUACGCCAUAUGAUGCAAAGAAGAAAGCUGCACAUGCUGCCAAAACAGUGAAACAUGGGGCUGGGGCAGAGAUCUCCACCGUGAAUCCAGAGCAGUACUCUAAACGCUUCAAUGAAUUUAUCUCCAAUAUCCUGACAUAGUCGUCUUCAGCCGUCAGCGAGAAAUGAAGAGGGGCUACUUCCAAACAGAGAACGCAGCCUGUGACACUAAAACAGACACUGUAGCAGCAUGUGGGGUGUGCGUGUGUGCGUGUGUGCGUGUGUGUGUGUGUGCAAGAGUGAGUGUGUGGCACUGUGUGACUUAAGAGAAAACUAAUUCUAGGUGCACCCUCUAACAGUCCACUUGACCCAGGUGGAAAAGUGGGUUUUUAUGUUACAGAAGUGCCCAGACAUAGAUUUGAGGGCUUUUUAAAACAAGAAAAGUGCAUUGUUUCAGCACUGCUCUUUCUAAUGACAUUUUCUCCUCUCUGAUCAAGAGAAUCCCAUAAGGAUAUGAUAUGUGGCACUGUAUGAAAGGAGUCACUCUAGAUCACGUUCAGUGGGAGUGAAGCAGUGCCUGAUUCCACAAACUACUACUUUUUUUUUUUUUUUUUUUUUUUUUUUUAUUGGACUGUCUUUACCAGAAAAACAUAUAAGCCCUUUUAUUUCCCUCUUGGUAGGAAUUGGAAGGAAAAUAGCUCACCAUUUCAAGGACGGAAAAUAUUACUCUGAUAAGGAGGAGUCGCUGAACUUUAGGUAAAUUCAGACUGGGACACUUUAUAUUUUUUGGUUAAUUUAAGUAACAAAAACUUCUUUUUGUAACUGCACUUGAUUUACAAGACAGACGAGGGAAAUGAACAUCUACCAAAGAUGAUCGCUUGAAAAGGUGUAACUCAGAACCUAAAAAGAACCAGUAUGAGAAGUAGUAGAGGCAUUGAACAGCCUCAGAUGAUAAUGUGCUCGGACCCAUUCUGCUUUAAAUUGGCCAGCUAUGAAGAUUUCAUAAAAGAGAGAAAAAAAAAAAAAAAAAAAAAAAAGGCAUUUUAUACCUGUAGAUAUGGGAUAGUAUUUGACUAUCUGGAACGUUUCCCUGUCGCACCUCAGU